GCGCUGCCUGGCAGUUGUUCGCAGGCACAGGAAGGCGGCGCGCGCGCGAGUGGCCGCGGCGCUCUGUCUCCAGCGGGACCUGGGGCCGGCGGCAGCAGCAGCAGCAGCAGCAGCAGCAUCAUGGGCAGCAGCUGACAGGCAGCAGCGCCGCGCAGCCCGCCCCGCAGCCGCACCCGCCGGGGAGAGCGGAGCGGAAAAGUUCCUGCCGCCGCCGCCGCUGCCGAGGGGGAACUUUGCGCGGGGCGCUGAGCCAUGCCCGCCGUGAGCCUGUUGCCGCUGUUCGGCAGCCCCGCGGGGCCCGGCGCGCUGGGCGGCCCGCUGGGCGGCGUCCCGGGCGGCGGCAGGAAGGCGUCGGGCCCCAGCGCGUUCCGGUUGACGGAGAAGUUCGUGCUGCUGCUGGUGUUCAGCGCCUUCAUCACCCUCUGCUUUGGGGCCAUCUUCUUCCUGCCCGACUCCUCCAAGCUGCUCAGCGGCGUCUUCUUCCACUCCUCCGCCGCCCUACAGCAGCAGCCCCCGCCGCCCGGGGGGGAGCAGCGCGCCCCGCCGCCCGGAGCCGGCCCCGCCGCCGGGGGGAGCAGCAGCAGCAGCGCCGGGGAGGCGGCCGCGGCCGCGGAGAACUUGGCCAAGAUCCGCGAGGACCACGAGCGGGCUCUGCGCGAGGCCAAGGAGACGCUGCAGAAGCUGCCCGAGGAGAUCCGCCGGGACAUCCGGCAGGACAAGGAGAAACUUCUCCAGGACAGGCGCGGCAGGAAGGAGGCGGGGGCCGCUGGGCUACCCAGCCUGCUCUUCCGCAAGCCCGUCGGGGCCGUGGGGCGGGAGCCGGCGGACCCUGAUGUCCAGCAGAAACGGGCCAAGAUUAAAGAGAUGAUGAAACAUUCCUGGGAUAAUUAUAAGCGUUACGCUUGGGGAUUAAAUGAACUGAAACCCAUAUCUAAACAAGGACAUUCAAGCAAUUUAUUUGGUAACAUUCAAGGAGCAACAAUAGUAGAUGCCUUGGAUACACUGUAUAUCAUGGAAAUGAAAGAUGAAUUCAAGGAAGCCAAAGAAUGGGUAGAAAAGAACUUAGAUUUCAAUGUGAAUGCAGAAAUUUCAGUUUUUGAAGUAAACAUCCGUUUUGUUGGUGGACUGCUUUCAGCAUAUUAUCUUUCUGGAGAAGAGAUAUUUCGAAAGAAAGCAGUGGAACUUGGAGAAAAGUUGCUCCCAGCGUUUAACACUCCCACUGGAAUACCUUGGGCAUUGCUUAAUAUUAAGAGUGGGAUUGGUCGAAACUGGCCCUGGGCUUCUGGAGGAAGCAGUAUUCUGGCAGAAUUUGGAACUCUGCAUUUGGAGUUCAUACAUUUGAGUCAUUUGUCUGGAAACCCAGUGUUUGCUGAAAAGGUAACGAACAUUCGUAAAGUUCUGAACCGGCUUGAUAAACCAGAAGGUCUUUACCCUAAUUACCUGAAUCCCAGUAGCGGUCAAUGGGGUCAACAUCACGUUUCCGUUGGAGGACUUGGAGAUAGCUUUUAUGAGUAUUUGCUCAAGGCAUGGUUGAUGUCAGACAAGACAGAUGAAGAAGGCAAGAAAAUGUAUUAUGAUGCUGUUCAGUCCAUAGAAACCCAUCUGAUCCGGAAAUCUAGUGGAGGUCUGACGUACAUUGCUGAGUGGAAAGGUGGCCUGCUUGAACAUAAAAUGGGACAUCUGACCUGUUUUGCUGGAGGCAUGUUUGCACUGGGUGGAGAUGGGGCGCCUAAUGAUAAAACUGGGCGUCAUAUUGAACUUGGUGCUGAAAUUGCUCGCACGUGUCAUGAAUCUUAUGAUCGUACAAAUAUGAAACUGGGACCAGAAGCUUUCAGAUUCGAUGGAGGUGUAGAGGCCAUUGCUACAAGGCAAAAUGAGAAAUAUUACAUCUUGCGACCUGAAGUUAUAGAGACCUACAUGUAUAUGUGGAGGUUCACUCACGAUCCAAAAUACAGACAGUGGGGAUGGGAAGCAGUAGAGGCACUGGAACAACAUUGCAGAGUAGAUGGUGGCUAUUCUGGAAUUAGAGAUGUUUAUAGCAACCAUCAAAGCCAUGAUGAUGUGCAGCAGAGUUUCUUCCUUUCAGAGACCCUCAAGUACUUAUACUUACUCUUUUCUGAAGAUGAUCUUCUUCCAUUUGAACAUUGGAUCUUCAACACUGAGGCUCACCCUCUACCAGUUCUUCACAGAGAUGAUGGGAAGAAGGAAGAAAAACACAAAUAAAACAAUGUUAAGUUAAUUUUUGUUUCAUUCCUUAGAAGUUUCUUUCCAGUAUUGGGCACACAAUGCAGUUUUACUUAAAUUCCUGAGAUAUUUUGAGUUUUAAGCCAACUGUUUUGCAGUCUGUUAUAUUUGCCAGUAAAUAUUUAUGAAUGGACCUAAAUUCAUUGCAGCAAAACUUUUAAUCUUAUUUUUCCAGCUGAACCACUUUUUUUUUUUAAGAAAUCUGACGUCUCUAGAUUUCAUUAAACUGCAGUGUCAUCUUUGCCAAAUAGAAUAGAGGGGUCUGCAUGUUACUUGUUUCCUAUUAUACUUUUGAUUUGACUGCAAAAUUCUUUCCUCCUCUAUGAGGAGAUGUCUGCUUUAAGCUGUAAUAUUUUGCCAUGUUGCAAAAAGCCAUAAAGAAUUAAGUAUAAAGAGCUUUUUUUUUUGUUGUAUGUUAAUUUUUUUUGUCUGUCUGUCAUCUGAGACAAAUCUUGUAACUGUGACAGCCUCUUCUUAUGCGGGUCUAUCAAUUGGUAAAAUAUCUUCUGAAAUUUUUAAUUAUCAAAGAUGUCUACGUAGGAAUAGUUUCAUCUCAUGCAGACACAAUUCUGUUUAAAACUGCAGUGUACUUUGAAUUGAACCUAAACGUUUUUACAAAUCCAUUACAUUAGUUGGACAGAUCCUAGUUUUUAUUAAAACUCGCCUUUUUGUUUUUGUUUUGUUUAGAAUAUCACUGCAAACUGAAUUGUUUCUUCCAUUUUCUAACUAGAGUUACUAUCACUUCUAUAAUCAGUUUGGUAUGAGCAAAAUAAACAAUUUGAAAAACUGGCAUUAUUGAAUUAUUAAAAAGGGAAUCGUUUCUUAUUUAUAGCUAUUUACGUAAUCUGUUAGCUUUUGCAUUUGACUGGAUGUGUGAGAUAAAUGAGAUGUUAUGAAAUUCUUUCUAAAGUUAGGCUGCGAAUUAUUCGAAUCAGAGAAUGAGAGAUGAUUUUUUUAAUCUGCUGUGAUCUUUUCAAUAAUUCCAUUUGGUUUAGAUUGUGACCUAAGACAGUCAGCUGGAACAAAGUAGUUUAAUAUAGAUUAUCAGAACAGGAGUUCUGAAUAGCUCAAAGGAAACUUGUCUUCUAAAAAAAAAAAAAAAGUAUUGUUUGCAUUGGAAGAUGGAAAUUGACCAGGAUACAAUUAGUACAUUUUGGAAGCCCAGAACAAGGAUGACCAAAGUUAUAGAAAUACAACAUGUUUAAAAGUAUUCUUCAGACAUAAAGCCUAGAUUACCAAGAAAAGUUACUUUUAAUGGAAUCACCAAAGGGAGAAAUCAGGAACAAUUCCUUUUCUAUUGAGAUGUAUUUUGGAAUAGUUUACAUGAAUAAUUCAUAUGGAUAUUAGGAACUUAACUUUUGAUUUGCAGACAGGAUGACUGUACUGUAUGUUCAGAGUAGGGUGUGACCACUGGCUUCCCAGCAUGAAAAAGCACACUAUUAGGUGGUGUGACUGCAAAGAAGCCAACAUGGUUCAAAACAGUAAUUCUCAAUUUUCUUUUAAAUAAGUGCAUAUGAUGACUCAAAUAUCCUGCUUAGUCGUUUAGGCACUAUGGUUCCACAGCCGUAAUUAGGCGUAAAUCUUCUUUCACAAAAAAACAAGACCUUUUUUUUCCCCUUAGUUCUGGAAGUGCUGCAAUAUAGGGUUUUCAGGUAAAAAUUAGGGACAAAGGAAACUUAUUACCAUUAUGUCCUGCAUUUUGGAGCAAAUCCAAAUAACUUCCUCUGCAGAUGCAGAGGGUCCUUUGCAGCCACAUGUGUUUGUUGUUCCACUGGAUACAGAAAAGGGUGUUUCCCAUGCAAUCUGCCUGGGUGGAGGCAAGGCUGGAGGAUCCACUGCUAUGCUGAUCCUCUCUCUUUGGGGUUUGGUGGGAACAUAAAGCAUUUGUGAGGCUAUGCAUCAUUGGGCUGAGCCUGCAGAGAGGAACUGCUGGGGGCUACACAACUUGGGUGUGGAGGGAGUUUCUUGUGCCACACACACACAUCUGCCUAGUGCCCUGCCUGGCUACUCUUAAUCAGUGCUGAGCUCAAGAUUUGAGCCUUCGUUAUCCAUAUGUCUUUGUUCAUUUAACGAAUAUCAGUGACAAGGUAGUCACAUUUUUAGGUAUCUUGUAUUCGAUAAUCCUGGCUCCAUUAAAAUGCAUGGUGAAUCUCCCAUUGACUUUAGUGGGCCAGGAUUUUUAUCAUUUGAGGAUAAUAUUAACUAUGUCAUCCUUUUCAUUAUGAAAUGCCCCAAUAUAAUACAAGAUGUUUUUAAAAGGAAUACAAGCCCUUCUAAUUUUGGAGUAAAAACUAAUUUUUUUACUCCCUUCCACUCCAAAAAAAUGGCAAUAUUGAAUUUUUAUCCAAUUACUUUUAGUCCGUAAACAUCUUAUGCUGCCUGCUGUGUAAUUUUUGUGUGCGAGCUUCUGUGGGCCUCAUUUCUUUUAGUCAGAUAAUAAAACCAAUAAAAUCAGAAAAACAGUUUUUGGAGACAUGGUUUGUUAACUUGGUUUUUACAUUUUCUUAAUCAGUCUACUACAAAUUGGGACAAAUUGGGGGAAAUUUAUUGUACAUACAAAUUUCCCUCGCUCCCCGCAUAUAAAGGUAAAGAAUGCAAAAUGGUUGCAUAAAUUGGGUUUUAAGUGUUUAGAUAUUUAAAUUUCAUGUUGAUUUCCCUGGAAUACAGAAAUUUUGAAGUGUAUAAUUUUUCUGGUUUGGGAGUUAUGAUUUGAAAGAACACAAAGUUGAUACGUGAUUCUGUUACUGACAACAUAUUUGGUAUUCAGGUGUACAAACUGCACUGUACUGUACCUUUUGUAAACUAUGUAAGUAGACAAGAAGAUUGUACAACAUGUAGAAUCUGCCAACUGUAAGAAUACCCUAUUUUGUAAGUUCAGGAAUAUUGAUUUUUUUAAAAAGAACCCCAAUACACCAAAGUGUGAAAUGUUCUAGUGAUCACAAUUUAAUCAGUCAGCUUUUACCAACAGUUACCACACAGCUAAAAUAGUAUUUUCCUAGUACUUACAAUAAGAAAUUAGUUUGGAAACUGCUGAUUUGAAGACCACUGUAUAUGUAAUUGAUAAUUCAUAUGGAAGAGAAACUGCUGAAUUUUGAAAAAAUGUAAACAGUGUAUCCAAUAUCUUUGUGCAGACAUUGCCUAAAUUCUCAUUCCUUUUCAGCAUAUAACAGUUCAGUUAGUUUACAUGUUAAAUUCUAAAUGGUGAAUAAUUUAAAUGGCCCUUAAAUUAAGUUGCAGAAACAACAAUUGUUUUAAUUGUUUGUGGAAUUAAUAUUGCAUAUGUUUGUUGUCUGACAGUUCUACAAUACCCAAUGACUCACUAUUUCUAUGGUGACUUCAUCAUAUGUAUUAUCCAUUUCUAUCCAUUAAAUUUUUUGAUUUGUACAUAUUCCAUUUAGUCUUUUCCACCUUUAUAUAAAUCUCUGAUGUAAUGAGACACAUAACAGAUCAAGAUGCUUAAUUUUUAAGAACUAUAUUUGUAAAAAUUUCUCUAUUGUGAAUAAAGUCUUUUAAUAUAUCUGUU